AACAGAACUGAAAGUAGCAAUCGUGAAUAGGUUUUUCAUGUGUCCGGGAGCCUCCCUGGAGCUCCUGUGGCACAGACAACAUGAAAACAAGGGCUCAGGCUUGGAGGACACCAGCAGAAUCAUGGCUUCUCUGGGCUGCCCUGGUAUGUCUCCAUUUCCUUGGUUCCAGGGGUGAGAAGCCCGAUUUCUUGGAGACAAAUGCAGUCAACGGGAGCCUUGUCAAGAGCAGACCAGUGCGGAGCGUAGAGGUCACCCCAGCACCUGUGGACUGUGAGCUAUCCAGCUGGUCCUCCUGGACUGCGUGUGACCCCUGUCAGAAGAAAAGGUAUAGACAUGCUUACUUGCUCCGGCCCUCUCAAUUCAAUGGGGAAUUAUGUGACUUCUCCGACAAGGAAGUUGAAGACUGUGUCACCAACCGACCCUGCAGAAGCCAAGUGAGAUGUGAAGGCUUCGUGUGUGCACAGACAGGGAGGUGUGUGAAUCGCAGACUCCUCUGCAAUGGGGACAAUGACUGUGGAGACCAAUCCGACGAAGCAAACUGUAGGAGGAUUUAUAAAAAAUGUCAACAGGAAAUGGAGCAGUACUGGGCAAUUGGCAAUCUGGCCAGCGGGAUAAAUCUGUUCACAAACACUUUCGAGGGCCCCGUCCUCGAUCACCGGUAUUACGCUGGUGGGUGCUCCCCCCACUACAUCCUGAACACCAAGUUUAGGAAGCCGUACAACGUGGAAAGCUACACCCCACAGACCCAAGGCAAAUAUGAAUUUGCAUUUACAGAAUAUGAAUCAUAUUCAGAUUUUGAACACAAUGUGACAGAGAAAGCAACCAGCAAGUCUAGUUCCAAGACUGGUUUCAAAAUAGAUUCGGUCAUUGAGUUUGGAUUUAAGGAAGACAGCAACGAAGACAAACAGUACAUUAGCAGAAUCAAAAGAUUUUCCCACACUAAAAGCAAGUUCCUGCAAGCGCGCUCUGUCCUUGAGGUGGCACAUUACAAGCUGAAGCCCAGAAACCUUAUGCUCCAUUACGAAUUCCUCCAGAGGGUCAAGAGCCUGCCCCUGGAGUACAGCUAUGGGGAAUACCGAGAUCUCCUUCGUGACUUUGGGACCCACUUCAUCACUGAGGCCGUGCUUGGGGGCAUCUAUGAGUACACGCUUAUCAUGAACAAAGAUGCCAUGGAGCAAGGAGAUUAUACUCUUGACCAUGUUUCUGCCUGUGCUGGACACCGAUUCAAAUUUGGUGCUACCAUCUCUGCAGUAAACUUCAAGUUGGAUGUGUCGCAAAAGAAGUGCAAUGACAUUCUGAAUGAAAUCAAAGACAGAAAUAAGAGGAACACCAUGGUGGAAGACUUGGUAGUUCUUGUGCGAGGAGGGGCGAGUGAAUACAUCACCUCCUUGGCGUACAGGGAACUGCCAACAGCUGAACUGAUGCAGGAAUGGGGAGACGCUGUACAGUACAACCCAGCAAUCAUCAAGAUCAAGGCCGAGCCCCUGUAUGAGCUUGUGACAGCCACAGACUUUGCCUACUCCAGCACUGUGAAACAGAACAUAAAGAAGGCACUAGAAGAAUUCCAGAUGGAGGUCAGCUCCUGCCACUGUGCUCCUUGCCAAGCCAAUGGAAUCCCUGUCUUGAAAGGGUCACGCUGUGACUGCAUCUGCCCUGCUGGCUUCCAAGGCAUAGCCUGUGAGGUCACCAAUCGGGAAGAUAUCCCCAUUGACGGAAAGUGGAGUUGCUGGUCCAACUGGUCUUCAUGCACUGGAGGACGCAAAAGAAGACAAAGGCAGUGUGACAAUCCAUCGCCUCAGAAAGGAGGCAGCCUCUGCUCAGGCCCUGCUUCGGAAACGCUCAGCUGUUAGAGAAGGGAGCACACCCAGCAGGUGACCUGACCCAGCAGGCGCUCUGGACCUCACAGACCCAGCCGGGCUUCCCACAACCAGCUCCCACACAGAGCUGCCACACACACACACAAAGGCAAUGCCACUCUGCCUGUGAAAGAUUUUACUUUGUUCAGUGGCUGUUUAUUUGAAUAAGCAGUAGGUUGAACAAAACCCUAAGUCCUUGCAUGACAAACUUCCUUUGCUCACUCUGUACUCUUAUUACCCUCGUGGUCUAGGAGCCAGAAACCAUCUUGGUCACUACAUAGCGACAAAGGCAGAUAGUAGGUGUUUAAUAAUACAACAGUAAAUUGAUAAGAAGAUGUUCGACCCUUGGUAAGCACACAGUCUUGUUCAGUAAUAAUGACAGCCAGUCUCUAUGAAAUGAUUUCUGUGUGCCACCAACCCAUUCCCAUGACACCCUCACAAGACAAAUGUAAGAAAAACAGGCUUGGGAGGCUGUAACGACUUUUUCCAGGUCAUUACAAUUAGGCAAUGGCAGAAUCGUGCUGCAAACAAGGCUCCAGAAUUGUAAAUUCUCAACUAUGAGGUUUGUCUCCUUUUCUGAGCAAGCAUGUUGUUAGCAAAGAACUGUUCAUGAAAUAAAACGCAGCAGAAA